AGAGAGAGGUAGAUCUCAACUCGACAGUGUGUUGGUACAUGAAGCGGCAUUUUAAUGUGUUAUUUAUUAUAAAAAAGUUUUUAUAAUCAAACAAAUAAUUGUAACUAAUAUUUAAUUAUUUUAUUUAUUUGUUAACGUUAAUAGUUUAACUAUUAAAUGGCAUCAGAUGAGGAAGUUGAAGACUCUUUUGCCGGUGAAGAUGACGCAGAAGAGUCUGUCAAUCACGCUGGUGAGAACUCAGCAGAGUCUGAUGACGCAGCUGUAAAGGUGGGAGCCGACGAAGAAGACGACUACGAACCCGAGGAUGGUCGAAAAAAGAAAAAGGGUAAAAAACGAAAGGGGCGUAGUGAAGAUAAAAAAUCACGUAAAAAGAAAAAACGAAAGAAGAAUGAAAGUGGCGAAGAAAGUGAUUUUGGUGGUGAAGAAGAUGGAGCUGGUGGUGAUUCGGAUUAUGCGAAUACCAGUAAAAAAGGUCGAAAACGUGGAAGUGCCAAACAUUCCUCAUCCAACGCAGCACCGAUUACGCCAACGCCAAGUGAGCCAACAUCCACGUCUGGUGGCAAUAUGCCAUCAAUACAAGAAGUUUGUUCAACAUUUGGCUUAACUGAUGUUGAUCUUCAAUACAGUGAAACCGAUUUCCAAAAUUUGACAACGUAUAAAUUAUUUCAACAGCAUGUGCGACCACUUUUAUCGAAAGAGAAUCCUAAGGUUCCAAUGUCUAAGUUAAUGAUGCUUGUAGCUGCAAAAUGGAGGGAUUUUUCUGAAAUUAAUCCCCAUUUACAGAACGAAAAUGACCCGGCUGAAUCUUCUGACACUCCUAGUAGGAGUGAAAAACCGGGAAGAGGACGCCCACCAUCAAACAAAGAUAGAGAAACAUCUUCGAAGGCGGGAUCUGAAAUUUUGGAAGAUGAGGACGAAGAAGAAGAGGAAGAAGAACGUGAAAAAUCGAGGAAAAAACGUGGUCGAAGUAAAAAGACACCAGGCAGUGGAAAGAAAGCAUCGAAAGUUCCUACAUUGAAAAUUAAGUUGGGAAAACGGAAACGUGGAAGUUCUGAAGAAGAUCCGGAUGCAAGUGGGGGUAACAAUUCAGAUCGAGAUUCUGACGUUGAAUUUGAACAAAUGUUAGCCGACGCCGAAGAUGUUAAAGAAGGAUCUAAAGAUGAAGAUGCUACACCUAACGAAUCGUCAAAUACAACUAAUGAUCCAGGAGUUGGACCUGAUGGGCAACCUCUUCCCAGACGAAAGGCUAAAACUAAGAUCGGAAAUAAAUUAAAACGAAAGAAGAAAUUAAAAACUACUGGCAAAUUAGACGGCGAAGAGCAACAAGAACACCAAGACUAUUGUGAAGUUUGUCAACAAGGUGGUGAAAUCAUUUUAUGUGAUACAUGUCCCAGAGCAUACCAUUUAGUUUGCUUGGAACCUGAAUUAGAUGAAACACCCGAAGGUAGAUGGUCUUGUCCACAUUGUGAAGCUGAAGGAGCUGCUGAACAAGAUGACGACGAACAUCAAGAAUUUUGUCGCGUAUGUAAAGAUGGUGGUGAAUUAUUAUGUUGUGAUUCGUGCCCCUCUGCAUACCACACAUUCUGUUUGAAUCCACCUCUACCUGAAAUACCCGACGGAGAUUGGAAAUGUCCUAGAUGCAGUUGUCCUCCAUUACCUGGCAAGGUCACAAAAUUACUAACGUGGCGUUGGGUUGAAGUACCAUCAAAACCGUCUGAAGAACCGUCGACAAGUAAAAAACCACCAAAACAAACGCAUAGGCGUAGAGAAUUCUUUGUAAAAUGGCAUGAAAAAUCAUACUGGCAUUGUGAUUGGAUCUCGGAGCUUCAAUUAGAUGUACAUCAUCCAUUUAUGUAUCGAAAUUAUCUAAGAAAAUAUGAUACAGACGAACCACCUAAAUUGGAAGAACCAUUAGAUGAAUCUGACUCACGGUAUAAACGUCUUCAAUCAAUGUCUGCUCAAGAUACUGCUCGGGAGGCGGUGUUAGAAGAGAAAUAUUACAGAUACGGAGUAAAACCAGAAUGGUUAGUAGUUCAUCGAAUAAUUAAUCAUCGUACAAUGCGAGAUGGCCGCACUCUUUACCUAGUUAAAUGGCGAGAAUUAUCGUACGAUCAAGCGACAUGGGAGGAAGAAAGUGAAGAUAUAUCUGGCUUAAAACAAGCUAUCGAAUAUUAUAUGGAUUUACGAGCUGCAUGUGGCUUAGAAUCUACUCGCAAAGGCAAAAAGGGUAAAGGUAAACGUUCAAAAACACGUGAACUUAUGGACGAUGAUGAGCGUACAGGUCCAAGACGUUACACACCACCUCCAGAAAAACCGCUAACUGAUCUAAAGAAAAAAUAUGAGAAACAACCCGAUUAUAUCACUGAAAAUGGUUUGCAAUUACAUCCGUAUCAAUUGGAAGGUUUAAACUGGUUACGGUAUUCUUGGGGUCAAGGUAUUGAUACAAUCUUAGCCGAUGAAAUGGGUUUAGGUAAAACUAUUCAAACGAUUACAUUUUUAUACUCAUUAUAUAAGGAGGGUCACUGUAAAGGACCAUUUUUGGUAAGUGUACCCUUAUCAACAAUUAUCAAUUGGGAACGAGAAUUUGAAUUAUGGGCUCCCGAUUUUUACUGUAUCACAUACGUGGGAGAUAAAGAUUCUCGGGCUGUUAUUCGAGAAAAUGAAUUAUCUUUUGAAGAAGGAGCUGUUCGAGGUUCACGAGCCUCAAAAAUACGUACCAAUGCGAUUAAAUUCAAUGUAUUGUUGACAAGUUAUGAGUUAGUUUCAAUUGAUGCUGCAUGUUUGGGAUCAAUUGAUUGGGCUGUGUUAGUUGUUGACGAAGCGCAUCGUUUGAAGAGUAAUCAAUCCAAAUUUUUCCGUUUACUUGCUGGAUACAACAUCAGCUACAAAUUAUUAUUAACUGGUACACCGUUACAAAAUAACUUAGAAGAAUUAUUCCAUUUACUUAAUUUCUUGAAUAGUCAGAAAUUCAAUGAUUUAUCGGCUUUCCAAAAUGAAUUUGCUGAUAUUUCAAAAGAGGAUCAAGUGAAAAAAUUACAUGAAAUGUUAGGUCCACAUAUGUUGCGUCGAUUAAAGGCUGAUGUCUUAAAGAACAUGCCGUCGAAAUCAGAAUUUAUUGUUCGUGUUGAAUUGUCUCCAAUGCAAAAGAAAUAUUACAAGUAUAUUUUGACACGUAACUUUGAGGCUUUGAAUCCAAAAGGUGGUGGACAAUCGGUUUCAUUGCUAAAUAUUAUGAUGGAUUUGAAAAAAUGUUGUAACCAUCCAUAUCUUUUCCCUGCUGCCGCUGAAGAGGCCCCACUAGGUCCACACGGUAAUUAUGAAACACAAGCUUUAAUUAAAGCUGCUGGUAAAUUAGUAUUGUUAUCGAAAAUGUUGAAAAAAUUACGUGAACAAGGACAUCGUGUGCUAAUUUUCUCACAAAUGACAAAGAUGUUGGAUAUUCUUGAAGAUUAUCUCGAAGGUGAAGGAUAUAAAUACGAGCGUAUUGAUGGUGCAAUUACCGGUAAUUUACGUCAAGAAGCUAUUGAUCGUUUCAACGCACCUGGAGCACCUCAGUUUGUAUUCUUACUGUCAACUCGAGCUGGUGGUUUGGGUAUUAAUUUAGCCACAGCUGAUACGGUCAUUAUUUACGACUCCGAUUGGAAUCCACAUAACGAUAUUCAAGCCUUUUCACGUGCUCAUCGUAUCGGUCAAGCGAAUAAAGUAAUGAUUUAUCGAUUUGUGACACGUAACAGUGUCGAAGAACGUGUGACGCAAGUAGCUAAACGUAAAAUGAUGUUGACACAUCUUGUUGUACGGCCUGGUAUGGGCGGUAAAGGUGCUAAUUUUACUAAACAAGAAUUAGAUGAUAUUCUUCGUUUUGGUACGGAAGAAUUAUUUAAAGAGGAUGAAGGUAAAGAAGAUGAAGCCAUUCAUUAUGAUGAUAAAGCUGUGUCAGAAUUAUUGGAUCGAUCCAAACAGGGUAUAGAACAAAAAGAAAAUUGGGCUAACGAAUAUCUUAGCUCAUUUAAAGUGGCUAGUUAUGUUACUAAAGAAGGUGACAACGAAGAAGAAGUGGAUACGGAAAUUAUUAAACAGGAAGCUGAAAAUACUGAUCCUGCAUAUUGGAUCAAACUCUUACGUCAUCAUUAUGAACAACAACAAGAAGACAUUUCCAGAACGUUAGGAAAAGGAAAACGUGUUCGCAAACAAGUGAACUACAAUGAUGGUGGCAUGACAACAGAUACCCGUGAAGACACGACAUGGCAAGAAACUUUAUCUGAUUACAAUUCCGAUUUAUCCGCUGGAUCUGAUGACGACAAAGAAGAUGACGAUUUCGACGAGAAGAAUGAUGGUGAUAUGAGUCGACGCAGUCGAAGACGUAUGGAACGUAAAGACGAACGCGACCGUCCAUUACCACCAUUGCUUGCCCGUGUUGGUGGCAACAUUGAAGUUUUAGGCUUUAAUGCACGCCAACGUAAAGCAUUCUUAAAUGCAAUCAUGCGGUAUGGUAUGCCACCACAAGACGCUUUCAAUUCACAAUGGUUGGUACGUGAUUUACGUGGAAAAUCCGAAAAGAACUUCAAGGCGUAUGUAUCGUUGUUUAUGCGACAUUUAUGUGAACCUGGUGCAGAUAAUGUAGACACAUUCGCUGAUGGAGUACCUAGAGAAGGGUUAAGCAGACAACAUGUGUUAACACGAAUUGGUGUUAUGUCGUUGAUACGAAAGAAAGUUCAAGAAUUUGAACAUAUUAAUGGAUAUUACAGUAUGCCAGAAUUGAUUCGUAAACCAUGUGAACCUGUUAAAAAUGUAAUUCCUGGAGCACCAGGUGUUCCUGCAACGCCAGGUGCACCAGGCACAGCCACAACACCGGCUACACCAGAUACUACGGGAGCAACACCAGCUGUUACUCCUACUCCUUCUACCACCGUUCCUCCUUCAGAAGGUGAAAAGAGUAAUAGUAAAGAAGCUACACCAGCAACCAGCGCAACUGGAAGUCCAACUCCUUCAACAUCAACUCAAGAAGGUGGUGAAAAAGAAACUGAUUCUACCAAAGAAAAAACAGAGGAUGAAGAAAAAGAGGUAAAGAAAGAAGAAAUCGAAAACACUGAUACAAAACCUGAACAGAAAGAAGAAAUAAAAGAAGAAGAGAAGGAUGAAAAGAUGGAAACUUCUACCGAAGAGAAAGAUUCUGAAUCGCCAACACCAUCAGAAACAAAAUCUGAAUCCAAAGAUGUAAAGGAAGAAGUCAAAGAAGAAGCAAAGCCAACAGUGGCUGAAGUGAAACCAGAAACAGCCGAAUCAGAAGAUAACAAAGAUAAAGAAAAGAAAGUUAAAGACGAAGAAGAUGAUGUUGUGAUUGUAAAAGAUGAAGAAGAUGAGAAAAAGGAGAAAAAAGAGGAGGAACCAAUUGUUAUCAAAGACGAUGAAAGUGAUAAAGAAAUUCCAAAACGUAAAUUUAUGUUUAACAUUGCUGAUGGUGGUUUCACUGAAUUACAUACGUUAUGGUUGAAUGAAGAGAAAGCUGCCGUUCCUGGACGUGAAUAUGAAAUAUGGCAUAGGCGUCAUGAUUAUUGGCUGUUGGCUGGCAUUGUCACGCAUGGCUACGGGCGCUGGCAAGAUAUACAAAAUGAUAUACGUUUUGCAAUUAUCAAUGAACCAUUUAAAAUGGAUGUUGGCAAAGGAAAUUUCUUAGAAAUUAAAAAUAAAUUUUUAGCUAGACGAUUUAAGUUACUUGAACAAGCAUUGGUUAUCGAAGAACAAUUACGACGUGCUGCAUACUUAAAUCUCACACAAGAUCCAAAUCAUCCAGCGAUGUCGUUGAAUGCACGUUUUGCUGAAGUUGAAUGUUUGGCUGAAUCUCAUCAACAUUUAUCAAAAGAAUCGUUGGCUGGUAAUAAACCAGCGAAUGCUGUAUUGCAUAAAGUAUUAAAUCAAUUGGAGGAAUUAUUAUCUGAUAUGAAAUCAGAUGUAUCACGACUUCCAGCCACAUUGGCACGUAUUCCACCAGUUGCACAACGUUUACAGAUGUCUGAACGUUCAAUAUUGUCACGUUUAGCUGCAACCGCUGGUAGCGGUGGAGCAGGUGCUGCUACACAAGGCAAUCCACAAGUAAUGGCUCAAUUCCCGCCAGGUUUUAAUGCAAGUAAUUUACCUGGUUUUGCACAAGCUGCAGCUAAUUUCGCUAAUUUCCGACCACAGUAUUCAGUACCUGGCCAAACACCCUCAAGUGGUUCGACAAAGGUUCGUAAGAAAUAAUAAAAUCAAUGGAAGAAUGAAAAUUGACAUAAAUACCAAAAAUAUUUGAUAAGCACACAUUUUAAUUUUAAAAAAAAUGAAAAUACGGUUUUAUUUAUAAACAAGUUACAAACAAAAAUUAUCGUAUUAAGGUGAAAAAUGUGACUUUGGAAUAAAAUCUUUGCCUAAAAAGAAAAAUAAAUAUUUUGUUUUUUUAUAGGAACAUAAUUUUUAGGUCUAGAGUCAAGCGUAGUAUUUGUUAUUUCAGAACGAAUGAUCAUUUGAGAGGCAAGACACUUAAUAAUUUGCAUGCUGUAAUGUGUUUGAUCGAAAACGUUGCUUUGUUGAGUUUCAAACAAAAUGAUUGAAUGUUUUAGGACUUAGUUUCGAAAAAAAAUGGUUGAAUGUUUCUUCCCAAUAAAAAAUUUUCCAAACCUCUUGAAAAAGAAGUCUUUUGGCUAUUAAAAUUUAUGUAAAGUAAAAAGUUGACAACAGCAUGUCUUAAAUUUCCCUCCGCUCUGAAAUGAUUGUCAAAUAUUACGCCAAACCCCGAACCUAUUAUAUUAAUUAAUUUUUAAUUAGUUAA